AUGGCGCUUGAUAUGAGGAAAAACCAAGAUGCACUUAUCAAGGCUUAUCGGGCAGUUGUGGAUGACAAGUCUGAAACGGAUUGGUUGAUAUUCGGAUAUGAAGGUCAAUCUUCAACCCUCAAAUUGGUUGCAAAAGGAGAUGGGGGAAUUGAGGAGAUGGCGGACGACCUGAAUGGUUCAAAGAUUAUGUACGCUUACUGUAAGGUGAUGGACCCUAACACCAACCUGCCCAAAUAUGUCCUCAUUAACUGGCAAGGAGAAGCAGCUCCAGAAGCUAUGAAAUUCAAAUGUGCCAAUCAUGUGCGGGAUGUCAGUGGCUUUCUCAAGCCAGUUCAUGUGACCAUUCAAGCACGAAGCGAUGAUGAUGUGGAUGAGGACAUCAUUGUUGGCAAGGUUUCCAAGGCAUCAGGAGCCAAUUAUAGUGCACACAGUGAGAAACCCAAGAAACCAGCAAAAGAUGGCCCUGUGGGCUCUGUGUACAAGAGAGUGAAUAUUGCUAAUGAAAUCAACACCAAAACUCGUGAUGAAUUCUGGGCUGAGGCGGAGAAAGAGGAACAAAAACGAAUCGCUGAGGAACGGAAAAAAAAUCAAAGUGAAAGACAUCGUGAGGUGGUGGAGAGGAAGGAAAGGGAGAAACAAGAAACAGAGAAACGUGAGGCACAGGUGCGAGAACGAAUGAAGGCUAUUACAGAACAGCGCAAAUUGGAGCGUCGUCUAAGUCAGCAAGACUCCGAGUCUGAAAAACAACGAUGGGAAAAGGAACAGGCAGCAGCAUUUCAAGAAGAAACAGAAAGAGGAAAGCGAAGCGAUAUAUUAAGGAGGGAACGUGCAGCAGAAGCAUCUAAACUGACCUCCAAUUCAGCCGCUAAUGCAAGGGCGUUGUUCCGUAGGAAAGAAUCGGAGAGUAUGGAUGAACCGCCAUCUCCUAUCAGGAGAGGGCCACCUCCCCCUCCAAAGAAACUUCGGCAGCCAGCCUUUCUUCAUCAAGAACAGCAACAUCACGAACCGAAAAAACCAAUCAUUUUGCCGACAGAAAAUACUAGUGACAGCGUCUUAUCUCAAGAUCAGAACCAGUCAAAUCACCAUGUGAGGGAACCCUCCCCUCCUCCUAGGGAACCUUCCCCGCCCCCAAGAGAACCUUCCCCGCCCCCUAGAGAACCUUCCCCACCCCCAAGAGAACCAUCUCCUCCCCCUAGGGAGCCUUCCCCAGAGACUCAGCAGCCAGUGAUGCGGAAUCCUUCACCCCAACAGCCAGUAAUGAGGGACCCAUCACCUCCUCCUCAAGACACACAGUUACCUAGGGGCCGUAACCUCCUUGCUGAAGGACUGCCAAAACGUCAGUACUCAGACGACGAGGAGGAGAAGGAUGAUGACUGGGAUGAUAAUGAAGAUAGUCCUCCUGAGGUGCCCUCAGUACAUGCUGUCCAGCCUCAGUUUGAAGAAGGUGAGAUUGAUGCUUACCAACAACAGAUGCAGGAGGAAGCUGAGGACCAAGGAGUUUGUGCACGGGCACUCUACGACUACCAAGCAGCGGAUGAGACUGAAAUAACCUUUGACCCUGAUGACAUCAUCACAAAAGUUGAACAGAUUGACCCUGGAUGGUGGAUGGGCACGGACCCCUCAGGAAACCAUGGAAUGUUUCCAUCAAACUAUGUUGAGCUCAUAUAAUUUUUUCAAAUAUCACAAGCAGUUGGAGAACAGUGUGAGCCAUAGAUAUGUGAUAUUCACCUUCAAACAAAAUUAAAGCUGUGCACAGAGCAUUGUCAAUCAUACGUUUAGAAAUUGGUGUUAAAGUGUUUGUGAUUGAAACAUUUGUUCAUUGCAAAAUUGGAUGUAUUUUUGUUUUGAAAAAGGAAGUGAUGUAGACUAAUUGCUUUGAUAACACAGACCCUUACACGCUUGCUGUUCCAUCUUAAACAGAAACACUAUAGUUAUGAUAUAGUAAUGCUACGUUAAUGCUAUAGAAGUGUUAUGGAAAUUAUACGAUAGUAUUACCCAAAUGGUAUGAAGUGUGAUGGAAAUGCUACGGAUGAUGCUUUGAAAACGCUAAGUUUUUUUGUAAAAUACAGAAUGUGUUUUGAUUUGUAAGAAAGACAAUACUUAUACUACAGUCUACAUUACUUUAUCUAUUUAAUGUUGAGAGCCAAUCAAAAUAGCUUCUGGUAGAUGAUGGAUGUAAAAAAGGAGUAAUUUGUAUAAAUGUCAAAAUGUUGCCAGAAAUGACCUUUUUAAGCAUUUGAACUACGUCUGAAUUACAGGUCUUGCGACAUCUCCAGAUCCAUAUUCAGACUUGUUUAGUUGCUUUAUUACAAUACAUUUUACAUAUCUCACAUCAGGUCAUUUUAUUUAUCGCAUAUAAAGUUAAUUCAUGGUUGAGUGAGUUUUAGUUAAUAGACAAAAAAGUCAAGAUGUUCCAGGGCAUGUACGCUGAACAGGUACUAGACACACCUGGAUUGUUUGUCUCAGAUGACUGCAUAAAGGUGACACCUAUUUUCAUAACCGACUGUUUUACACCAGAAACAAGUCUUAAUUGAUGUGAUAUAAAGCUGAUGCGGUAUAGGAAAUGAUGUUGAGUUGAUCAAGAUUUAGACGUAUACCUGUACAGCCAGCCCUUCAAAAUAGUAGACUUCAAAUAAAUUACUUUUUACAGAUUUCGUUUUGGAUAUAAUCAAUCAUAAAAUAAAUUAUAUAUUUUCAUAAAAAGUAUGAAUCGUAAAAUUUUUAAUCACAUGUUUAAUAGAUGUUUUUCGAGUGGGAAGCCAAAAACGCUGCACAGUAGUAGUAAGGAAAGGGCCCCGAUAUGUUCUAGUAGUGGAACGGAUAUGCUACAGUUAAAAGUUAAAAUGGAACAGAAAAACGUGGAUUGAUCUGUGUGAUAGGAAAUAUGAAAAUUUUGGAAAUUUGGAAUAUUUUUUGUUGCCAAGUUAUGUAUGCAGAGAUUAGGGGAAAAUAUCCUAACAACAUUUUAUGACUAGCUGUCUAAUAUUGUUAUUUUGUAUAUGUAGCCAAACAGAUGUGUUGUUAUAGAAACAUACUUUUAAAAGUCAUCCAAUCAGAAAUGGUGUUAUUCAAAUAAUUUUGGAAAUUCAGAAAUUUUGUAGAAGUGAAUUCAGAAAUGACAUUUUGCAAAUAGUUCAGAUGUGUAAUUCUGAUUGUGAUAAGCAUUUGGAUAAGAUAAGUAUUAUUUUAAUGGCUAAUGUUAAAUGUAAAAACUUGUUUAUUUUUUACGCUGACUAUUUGUCGAUGGAUAAACAACCCAUUGUAAACAAUUAUUGUAAGCAUAACUGGUUUGUCAGGGUUGAUAUUUAACAGCUGCAGGUUGUUCUAUAUAUAUCUAUUUUAAAUGUGAAACUUUCUUGAUAAUAUCCGCUGUCAGCAUGUUUCCAUUUUAAUUUGAUAAAAAUUAAUAUUGUGUGUAAAGAUGAAUAUGGAUUCUUUUAUAGAAAAUUGUAAAAAUUAUAUCUUCAGCUGCUUGCGUUGUUCAUGUUAGUCUAUUAAGCAUCUGCUCAGGAAGUGACAGGAGUAAGAAAGAUUUCACACCUCAGACCAACAACGGGCUUCUACAUGUAUUCCCCAUUCCAUGUUUGCUUUUUGUGUGAACUUCACUGGUUUUCUUGCCAAUGACUCCAUUGUUUGCUAUUUCUUUGAAUAGAAAGAAAUGAAAAAAUUAAGAAAUCUGACCUACAUUUAUCUCCUCUGUUUGAUUAUUGUAGUACUACAUCAAUGGUAAACUUUCUAUAUUCUGAGGUUGAAUUCUUGCUCAACCAAUGAAGGGAGAACUGUUUCCUGGAUAAUGAUAUAGCAUAUGUUCAGAUUUCCUUAGGGAAUUACAGUAGAUAUGGGCAGGCAUAAUACCAAGAGUGGGCUUUUUUUUUUUUAAAUAAAUAUGGUAUGUCAGAUUCUUUAAAAUCAUUCUUUAUACCUUAAAAAAAAAAAAUCCUGCGGAAAUAAUUUUUUUGAAAAUAAUUGGUAGGUUUAAAAUAUAUAUCUCUGUAGCUGUAAUUUUGGAGUUUCCAUUUUCAUUUGUCUUUUUCAAUGCCCUACUUGUGUUGUUUAUUGAAAACCUUUUUUUUUUUAAGAAAAUUUAAGUUUUGUUAUCAUGUUGAAUACUGCCCGGUUGCAGUCUGUCAUUUUGUCCCCUGUUAUUCUGAUUUACACUGAAGACUUGUGGAUUCCUCUAGGAACCACAAUCGACUGAGGUUGUUCUCUUUCAUUGGAUUAUACUAUUGUUAUGUUCUGUGCACUAGUUUUAUACAUCAUCCACAUUACUUUUAUAUAGCCAAGUCCCUUUCAACCAAAAAUACAGCAGGGGAAAUACAUUAAAAUUCUGUAUCGAGACAGUAGAAAUCACAUUUACAAGUAUUUUAUUGUGUACUUAAUAAAAAUCUAGAAGUAUUAUUUUGUGAAUUUGUAUUUUUAAUAAUUUUAAUUGAAAUGUCUUAAAUCAUUGUCCAUGACUAAUGACUUGUUUUUUGUAUACCUGGUAAAAUUGUGUCUGGUUUGUAGGUUUACUUUGUAGACGAUUUUCUGAAGGCUAUUCCAGUAAAACAUGGACUUGACCGCAGGACUUAAAUCACAUCUAUAAAUGGUUUGGUUUCCAGUCUAUAACUUCUAAGAAAGAAAUAUAACUCUUUUGGUAGUACACCUAAACAAAACCAUGAGUCCUGGGCUUAGAUAGAUGUUUAACUGGAAUAAUGUGGAGGAAAAAUGUACUAAAUUGUAUGUGAAAGGUUUUCUUGGUUAAAUGUGAAGUCUAUCAGGUGAACCAAUGAGCUUUGUGUCAGGUGUUUCUGGGGAGCUUUGACCUGGAUUUUACCUGUAGAUGUUGCCUAAAGUUUCUACUUGCCAGCUGACUUGUUUGCUGUUUCCAGCGAUCUAUAUAACAGAUCACAGGAUGAUGAUUUAAGAUAAAACUGUCUUAUUCAUACAUAUAUUAUCAACUCAUCCAUCAAACACUAGAAAUUAUUUAAUCAUUAUGACAGACUACUAACACAAUUUUGAAAUGUUUUUGACCUCACAAUUUUGAUGUGGAUGGGACAGUGCAACUUGUCUGUUGUAUCCUGUUGAAACCUGUCCCAAAUCCAUAUCAUCUCUCUAGCAACAUGAUUUCUCUUAGGAUUUUGAUCCAAGAGAAUGAAUACAUAUACAAGGGUUAACUAAGAGACAUGUUUCUGCUCAAGGGUUAUAAAGUCAAGGUCACUGUUUCUAUUUAUAGAAAUUGGUUUAAUAAUGACUUUUCUGCACUGGAGAAGGAGUGUUGCGUGUCUCAGAUUUUUUUUAUAUAAUGCUUGUUUAUAAUACAAUAAUUAUUUGAUUUUUGUUCUUAUUUAUAAAUUUAAAAAAAAAUCAUAAACAAACAUACAAUCUCAACAGAUUUCUGCAAAUUGUAGAUGAUUAUUUAUUCUGAUAAGAUUUGAGACAUCUUCAUCCAUUAUCUUGUGUUUCAGAUUGUUAAAUCAUCUCAUGCAGAGAUGAACGUUAUUAGAUAUAUGUUUAUUCAAGACAGAAAUUUUCAGCUUAUAAAAACUUCAGUAGAAGCAGACAUAAACCUAAUGAUGGAAUUUAUAAUAUUCAGUACACUUGUAUCAAUAAAAUCGUAUUUUUCUUCCUUACCUUAUAACAAAUCAUAAAUUAAAAAAAAAAAAAAAAAAAUGGAAGUCUGCAUGUUGAGUAAAGUGUCCUUUUUCAUCACUUUGAUAUCAAUUUUGGAGUCAUACGUUUCUCUUUGCUCAUAAAAUCCCAUGGUAACAUGGAACAUUUUUCCAAACAUUAAAGAGCUCUAUGUUACAGGCACAAACAGAUAUGAAAGCAUUAUCCCCCAAUAUUUGAUGAUACUGUAAAUAUUUGAUAGUGGUCAGAGGUUGAACUGUCGCAAAUAGAACAUUGUCAAAACCAUCUGCAUUUGAAUAUGUUAUAUAAAUCUAUUCAUGUUUUCUCUCAUGCUCACACUUGAAAACUUCAUAAAAAAUAUAUGAUUUGUUAAAUUUUUUAUUUGUUUGAGUAGCAGUAACUGUGUUGAUGUACGUAGGCUUCAAUUGUUUGCGGCAUCUGUGUCAUAUCUAUUUAUAGGAAAACUAUUAUAUAUAAUUAUAUUAUGUUAAUUGUGUUUUUGUCUUGGUUGUUAGCUUCAUAGCGUUUCAUUUAGAUUAAGAUUUUAUAUAUAAUAGGAUUUUGUUAUUUUCUUUGAAAAAUGAUAAACUGUCAGAAUAUAGAUAAGUCAUACUUGGUAUAUAAAUUGGUUUUAUAAACAAUCUGCAAUUGAGAAGAAUGGUUGAAUGAAGAAAAACGUUGAAAGAUAUUGGAAAAAAUUUAUCUUUUUUUUUCAUAGAAUUAUUUCUGUAGGAAAUUUUAUAAUUUCUAAAGUCUAUGAAACAGAUUAUAGUCAAUACAUAAUAAGCAUUACAUACAUAUUCUACAUUCCAAUAAAAACUUGUGAUUUCUCAUCUUGAUUGAUUGAUUUCAUUUACUAUAUUGGAGUAAAAAUUUCUUGGUACAUUUACAAGAAUAAUUGAAAUUUUGUGAAGAAUGGAAGUUGCUCAACGCCCUUGCCAGUGGCAACCAAGGGACGAGAAUCACCGGAUCACAUUGAUCAUAUCUGUUUGUUUAAAAGAUAUUUACUCAGUAUUUAUUUGAACAUCAUGGAAAACAAUGAAAAUGAUAGAUUUAUAAAACAAAAUUAGAUUCUAAGGAAAUAUAAGAUUUCAACAAUCAUACAAGUGUAAGAUAUUCUACAGGAAAAAAAUUUGUAAAUCACUGUUUCUUCGGGGUUUUUUUAUCUAUGCAAACUUUCUUUAGUUCAGCGCAUGCUACAUAUAUGGUAUUUCAUUAUUAUAUUCUAUAACGGUCAGACCGUAAAAAUAGUAUUAUUAUUGUUGUGUUGUCCGAUUUGAAAAAUUUGGUAUAUAUUAUGAAUGUUUUUAAAAACAUAAUUCUUCUUCUCUUUAUGGGUAAUGGCUCAAUAUCAAAAAGUGCUUGUUUUUCUGUUUUAGGGUGAGGAUUUCAGAAUUUGCCAAUGCUGUCUCUGUUUGGUUCUUCACCAAUUUGCACUAGUCUGUAUGGUUGUUAAACAAGAUGAAAAUAUCAUCAAUGGUAUAUAGUUUUGCCCUGCUUGGAUUCCCAUGCUUAACUUUAUAUAAAUGGAUUGAUGAAAUGUAUUAUUAUAAAUAUAUCAGUUUUACACUGUGGAAUCGAACAAUAUUUGUAGAUUUUCUGACAGUCUCCUCAACUAUAUAGAGGUAUCAUGUUUACAGGUAUAUUAUUGCUAAUAUGAUUUACUGAGAAAUAAUAAAUAGCUUCCUUCAAAGGAUUCUAGAAACAUCAAUAA